CACUCUGUCCACACCCCCUCCCUCUCUAGAGCCAGAUCUCGGGGCUGAUCUGGGCUGGUCCCUGUGGCUUAUAUUCUGCUCUCGCAUGAGUCAGGAAGUGCUGAGUCUUGUGGUCACUUGACCAUUCUGAGCCUCUCCCUCUCUAUCUGCAGCCAGUCUGUGACCUUGUCUCAUUGGGAUCACACGGAAUAUUUGCCACCUCUGCCACUCAGACCCCUUUGCAGCAGCUGUCAAACAAUGGAUACCCUGCCCAAGGCUAUACUGGGAGUCAUCAUCUUCUGCUCCAUGUGGACUGGCUCCGCGGGAAGGAUUGCCUACACGGUUCAGAAACUCUCCGCCUCGGGCAGUCCCUGUCAGUUGGAGCUGAGUUGCUCUAUCGAGACGCAAACGCCGAAAUUCCACUGGCACCGAGGUAGCACCAACAUAUCUGACGACAGCAGGCACCAUGUGAAGUCCGGAGGCGCGCAGCUGACCGUCACACCUGACCCCAACAGCAACAGCGCCGUGUACAAAUGCCUUUCGGAGGCAACCCGAGAGAACCUGUCCGUUGACGUGGCCCCAGCCUGUAACUUCAUUGACGACUUUACGCAAAAAGGCUCUUCGUGCAUGUGCUCCCGAGUUAGGAUGGCCGUGACAAUCACCUUCGUGUGCCUGUGGUUCAGUGCCUUGGGAUUCACCGCCUGCUUCUGCUGUGGACAGACCAGUCAGAAGAAAGCAGGGAAGAAAGGACACACCACUGCCAAAGGUCAGAAGAAAGCAGGGAAGAAAGGACACACCACUGCCAAAGGUCAGAAGAAAGCAGGGAAGAAAGGACACACCACUGCCAAAGACAAUGAGGAGACGCCUGGGCCCAGCUCGGCUAAAGGAGCCUCCAAUACCAACCACCAGCCCCUAAGGAAAAAGAAAGUCAGGAACUACAGUAUGAUACCAACAGCCGCCGAGGCACAUCCACAAGAUUCAACGUAUCAGGCCCUGGGCAAGGACAAAGAAGAAGACUACAGUGCGAUCAGGCCACAGGCAUCUGUUGGGAAGCCCGUGGUGACAUUCUCUGGACUGAACAAAGAGGUCACUGUCGAGUUCUUUCUGCCAGGUGGAGCCAAAGGCCAGGAGUGAGGCAGUCAGCAGCUCACUUACAAGGCCACACAUUCUCUGUAUAAAGCACCUCCCAGAGCUGUCACAGCCCUCCCCGGCGCACCGAGAUGCCUUCCAGAAAUCCCUCAGCGAACACUGGCCUCACCACCGCACCUCUGUAACCUUGGGCAUGCAGCUGGCCAGCUAAUGUGCCACUGGGCUGCAGACUUGCCACUGGGCUGCAGACCUGCCACAGGGCCUACUUACUGCCAGUUUACCAUUCACCCAUAACCUCCACAAUCUCAGUUGUUUCCAACAAGCUUGACUUCCUCACAAAUAUCCCAAUAUCCCAAUAGCACAGAUAUUCCUUCUUCCAGGUUGGCUAAUUCCCAGCAAUUUAUAGCAUUUGCAUUCCACUGCUUCAAAUCAAAUCCGGUGCAAUCCUUCAACAUCGUACCGCUCCCUAUCAUCCCUCCUCCCUGUCCCUGUAACUUCUACCAAUCCCCGACACCCAGCCAGCCCUCCAGAGCUUACACCACUCCCUGUUCCUGUAACCCCCUCCAUGCCUCUACACCCUUCCUUGUCCAUGUAAACCGCUCCAGCCUCUACACCCCUCUCUUUCUCUGUAUCUCCCUCCAGGUUCUGCACCCCUCCCUAUCAGCCUCCAGCCUUAACAACCCACUGAUAUUUCUGCUCCACUUAAUGUAUAUUCACACCACCAGCAGUUCUUCCGGCUUCCAGAUACCCCAACUCUGGAAUUUCCACCCCCCUCAAGGUCCUAUUCGCUCAUUUUCUAUGUCCCCCACUCACCCUCUCCGUUCCACCUCCCCCGUCCCCUUCUCCAGAGUUGAAGCUCCCAUACUAUUACACUUUGGGCACCUCACUGAUUGCUGAGCUAUUAACAUGCCAAUUUUGCAAAGUAUCCUCUGCCAUUUGUGGCAAUGUGUGUGGCUGUUUAUUGAAUAACAAUAAGUAUGCGAUUUAAAAUGUUUC